GGCCGCAGCACAACGAGCAAACGGAAACCGGAAACGGAAGUUGAAAAGGCAGUGGCUCUGAAGCACAGUUAAUCGGGCAGAGAACCGAAAGCAGACAACUGACAACUGAGUACUGAGAACUGAGCGCAGUGAAGUGUUUGUUUUCGGCGUUAUCAGUGGAUGCACGCGUUUCCAGCACUGAUUGCGAGUAGGCAUCCAGGAUAGGGAUUGGGAUUGGGAUUCCAACUCAGAUUCAGGACACCCGACGGACGGACGGAGGAGGCGGCGAGCCGGAGAGGCGUGUCACUAGCAGGUGGCUGAGCCGGUUAACCAGAGUCCGACGGCAAAAACCUCCUCUCAGCCAAAAACAUUGGGCCAUAAUUAACCGCAUGCCGCAGACCGCACCGAGGAAAAGCAAAUAACAAAAUCAAAACACAAAACAUCAGUAACUGAACAAAGCGAAAGGAGAAAGAGCAAAAGGUGGCGUAAAAUGCGGCCUAAAUGCUUUGGCAAUUAUGCCAAAAUUGUUAACAAAAUUCGGAAAGUAUCAAACUAAGUAAAAGGCGACAGCAGGAAGCCGCAGGCAUUACAAAGGACCAAGGGCUAGGCGGCGACGACAGGUGGCAGGUGGUCCGCUGCUUUUCGGGUCUUUCUCCUUGAAUUCGUUUCGUUGAUAUCUAAAGAAAAGGUGCUCUCAGACAUACCCUUCGGUUGCCGAAAAGCAACAGAGCUCAAAACAGAAACCCAGACCCUUAGUCCUCGAAAUUGAAACCUCAAUAGGAACUCAAACGGAAGCCGAAACAAAAACUCACUUAGGUUGCCAUCCAAAUCAACGGCUGUCAGACAAAAAGUCGCUUUUUAUUGAUUUUUAUAAAGCCAAGUAGCAACACCAAAAAGCAAUGAACAGCAAAGAAUAAUAACACAAGCCGCAGAAGUAGAAACAAAAUAAAAAUAAAAACAAAAAGCAAACGCAAUGUGAAUAAUUCCCCAGUUGAGCAGAGGCGAGCACGAAACAGAAAAACUGUUGGAAUAUUCCUCACACCACCAACACCGAACCCCCCGCUCCCAUUUUACCCCCCGCCCCAACCGGAGUCCGCCGACUAUAUAAUAUAAUAUAUAUACCAUACUAUCGAAACGUUCAUCAAAUGCGAUUCGAUUCGAUGACGAUUCAAACAGGAGACACCGGAGAGACGGACGCACACGGGGCCCCAUAAAAAUGUGUUAUAAAAAUAUACACGCAUAAGUUCCCCAACUCCCCCUUUCGCAAGGACAUAAACAUAUAUAUAUAUAUAUAUAUAUAUCAAACAAAGCCUGGCCGGGAAAUUUUAAUGCAAAUGUCAUUGGCAAAGUCAAUUAGCAAGAAAGCCAACGAAAUGAGCUGAAAUGCUGCGACGGCACAAUUGAAAAUUUGAAAAUUGAUCAAGGUUUGAAAGCAGCGACCAACAAAGGAAAAGCGGGAUAAAAAGCAAGACUGAUUUUUAAGUUUAGUUAGAUUAUUUUAAACAUACAUGCAACAACAUAAAAAGAACUACUAUUUUGUGAGGAAAAACCGAAACUGCAACAACGAAUUAGCCAAGCGGAAACCGUAGCAAAAGGGAAAACCGCCCACAGAGAAAAUAGGAAAACGGCAACAAAGCAGCAAAAGCAGCUAAACCAGGCAAAAGCAACAAAACCAACGACAUCCAACAAAAGCAAACGGAUUCAUACGAAAGCAUGUUUGUGUUCAUAGCUGUGCUGUUUGUUAACGCUUGCCUAGCGGGCACCAUUCCGGCUACGCCGGAGAACAUAACCGUUACGUUCCUGACGCCCACGGCGGUCCGAGUGUCGUGGCAGACGCAAAUCGAUCUAAAGGCACAUCCCAUCGAGAAGUACAUCGUGACGUACAAGCCGACGGAUGACAGUUACAGGGUUGUACAGGACGUCGCCGGCAGCAGCGAGGCCAUUGUCCUGGAUCGCCUGCUGCCCAGCACACAGUACUCACUCGUUGUGACGGCCAUCUGGCAAGGCAAGAAGUACCGCAGCCGCGGUCAGAUCAAGUUCAAGACGCUGGAUCUCCCCAAGAACACCUCACAGCAGGACUUUCCGCCGGGUAUCUACGGCAAUGGGAGCAACGGUGCUCGCAAUGGAAGCACUAAUGCCAGCAUCUUUGGCGACGACGUGACCUCCACGGCCACAAAUACUCUGACUCAUGGCACAACCAGGGAAUUGCCCACUAUUCGCGGGGUGGAGAUCGGCAUAGUCCUGAUCGUGCUGAUGGUGUGGGCCGGAGCCAUCGCCCUGUUCUUCAACCGAUGGGGAAAGAUCCGGAUGCUGCUGCCCUAUCAACCAGACUAUAAGCACGAGCAGCUGAAAGUUCCGGGAACGGGUGUCUGCAGUGCCAGCGGAUGCAAUGGACAGCAUUCACACCAGUUCGACAGCAGUGAAUGUGCCCACCCACCGUUGCACUGCAAUAGCCGCCAUAUCCACAUGUUGGCCGAGGAACACUCCACAUCCAUCUCAGAGCGCUGCACACGCAGCCGAAUCAAUUCGGCCAUCUUUGUGUCCUCGGAGGGUCGAGGUUUCGAUUCCAUCGAGUUCCUGCGACGCCACGGAUCCCAGAGUGUCCUCUGCAGGAAGGCCAAAAGUGCCGAGAACAUCACGGACAACGGCAGAAGGAAGAGCCUGAGACCAUGGCGAACCGACGAUGAAUCCUGCAAGCAGCAGCACUUGUCCCAGGACAGCAACGACAUCGAGCUGAAGGAGUGCGGCGGCGCUGGAGGAGAACUACUCCGUCUGCCGGUCAUCCACGAUGGCAAGCAGUCGCCGACGGCCGUGACCAGUCUCCUGGCAAGAUCGGCGGCGAUAACCACGGCCAAUAUGAUUGUCGGAAGCAUUUCGCUGGAGGCACCGCCGCCGUACAUGCAGGAUGAUGAGGGCGAUACGUUGUCCACGGCGGCACUCAUACAUAGCGACGCUGCUGCCGUGGUCCACGAAUCCCAGGACUCGGCGGAGACGGUGGAGGAGCUGGUCCAUGUGCCGCUCCUGGCCAGUGCCACGGCAACGGCCAGCGUUUCGGCCUCCUCCUCGCCCAGCAUUGCCAUUGAGGCGAAACCGCGAGUCCUGGUGCACCAGCGAUCCUCGACCGCCUCCUCGUCGCCGCACAGCAGCCCCAAGAACCUGGGAAACCUGGGACUCAAGAUCGUCAAGCCCAAGAUCAGUGCGGUGCCAAUGGUUUCGGUCUCAGGUCCCUCGCCGCCCAUUGAAAAGCCACCACUGGCCGAGUGCUUGUAACAAAUGGCAGCCGAAACAUUUAUCUAAGCUCGCGCUCAAGGCAACUGGAACCUGGAUCCUGGACAGCCCUCAGAAACCCAUGAAGUCCCCUCAGACAAAACCCCCAAUCCAAAUCCUACUUAAAUAAUCUAAGACGAGAUAGUUGAGAUGGAGAAAGUAUGCCAGCUGCUCAAAUAAGUGUUUCGGUGGGAGGCUUUAAAACGUGGAAUGCGAAAAGUUAAGUGCAAGUGCAAACGUGACGUAGUUAUAGGAUAGAAACAAAAGGAUAACGUACCAGUGGUCAUCACCAGGCAAAGAAAGCUUUGUAUAUUCAACAACGACUGAAGUAUACACAUACAUGUACAUUAGAAACGAAAACAAUGGUAACCCGUAUAACUUUUUAAGUCGAUUAUUGUGUAUGUGUGUAUGCAUACCUAUUAACUGAUAAAUCAGCUUUAAUAACAAACAAGUAACCUAUCAGGCUUUAAUAUUACGACGAUGAUGAAUUUCUGGUUUAACCUAGUCUGUAGACUCACCUAGCUGUUGAAACGAGUAAAUCAAUUCUCUUUAAUUGUUCUCCUAUACAUAUAGCCAAAAAACCAACCACUUGGGCACCACAACUGUUAUACACGCGAUCUAUAUAGAUUUACUAAAUAUAUACAUAUAUAUAUAUUUAUACACCCAGUAAAAUUUCGUGUGUGCGUCCCAGAGUCCUGCAAGGAUCAAAGUGGUUUUCUUUUACCAAUUCAUGUGCUAUGUUUCUAACUAUGAAAAUAUGACACGGAUAAAGUGUGUGUCGAAACUGACAAGUACAUUGACCCUUGCAGGCUUCUACUACGUACCUUAGAGGUAUUCGGACACCCGCUAUACACUUAGCUCUUAGCUUUAAGAUGAUGAAAUCACAUAGUCCAAAUGUUACUUGCUAACAUAUCAAAUACUCUACUGUACCCACGACCAAAACGAAACUUUUGAAACUGUAAACUAGUCCAUAAUUAGCUGUAAGCAUCGUAUAAAGAACUAGUAACUAGGCGUAGUAUUUUGUCAAGUAAGUGCCCUGGAUGACUUCUGAGUGUUUUUAAAACCAGAUUCUUACAUGUAUUCCGUUUAGAUGUUUCUGUAGCUCGAACUUUACCCUAUACAGCAGAGUGUAUCUGACGUUAAGUGAACAUAUAUUGAUGGAUUUAUAGAAAUAUAUAGAGGAACGUUACUAUAGGAAUCUCCAGCUAGCACCAAAAACCCAUUUGCUCCUGCUCACUGAUUUAGGUAGUCUCUAUACAUUUUAGUUAUGAUACUUCAAAUUUUAUCUAUCCACCCAAGCGUUAGACACUUGAAAUCUAUCUUGAAUCCUAUCCAAUUCGUUUCAAUAUUGAAAUACAACAAAUGUAAAUACACAUCGCACUUGUACCUACAUCAACUGAGAUAUUCUUCAGUGAAACACAAACGUUGUUAUUAAGGAAUUGUCAAUUUAUGGUCCAAAGCUACAAUAAAUAGAACAUCAUUUGGAUGAGUCGGCAGUAAGCUUAACUAAGUUCUAGUUUACGUUCAAUUCGCUAACACAAAACAAAAGUAAAACUGUGUGAAUGUGUAUUUUUGAAAUCAAAUAAACGAAUUACAUAAAUGUACUCUUUUCAUACAGAGUUUUUCGAGAUCUUCUCGAAGAUUACGCAGU